AUGGGGGGCAACAGUAACCAGGGUGGCAUUGACACCUAUACAUCUCUGGUUGAGGAUGGCCCCUGUGACUCUGUGAAGCCACCCCGAAGACCCACGGGCAGAUUGGUCAUGCACAGUAUGGCCAUGUUCGGCCGGGAGUUCUGCUACGCAGUGGAAGCGGCCUAUGUGACCCCAGUUCUGCUCAGCGUGGGGCUGCCCAAGAGCCUGUACAGCAUGGUGUGGCUCCUCAGCCCCAUCCUGGGCUUCCUGCUGCAGCCCGUGGUCGGCUCGGUCAGCGACCACUGCCGGUCCAGGUGGGGCCGCCGCAGACCCUACAUCCUCGCUCUGGCCAUUAUGAUGCUCCUGGGCAUGGCCUUGUACCUCAACGGGGAUGCUGUUGUAUCAGCUUUGAUUGCCGACCCAAAGAGGAAGCUGCUCUGGGCCAUUUCAAUCACCAUGAUGGGGGUGGUUCUCUUUGAUUUUGCUGCUGACUUCAUCGAUGGCCCCGUCAAAGCCUACUUAUUUGAUGUCUGCGCCCAUCAAGACAAGGAGAGGGGUCUCCACUACCAUGCCCUCUUUACAGGCUUUGGAGGUGCCCUGGGCUACAUGUUGGGUGCCAUAGACUGGGCCCACCUGGAACUGGGGCGAGUGCUGGGCACGGAGUUCCAGGUGAUGUUCUUCUUCUCCGCCCUGGUGCUCACUUUGAGCAUCGUCAUCCACCUGUGCAGCAUCCCCGAAGCCCCCCUCAGAGACGCUGCACGGGACGUGCGCCCGGAGCAGACCAGCCAGGACCCGCUGCUGCCAUCCCUCGGGGUGUCUGAGCACGGCUCUGUGGAGAAAGCCAAGAACUCUUACGGCAGCGCCAAGCUGGCAUCAGAGGGAGGGGGGGAAAAGCCCUCCUCUGAAAGGAAUCAGGGAGCCAUGAGCAUGAGGUCCCUGCUGAGGGCCCUAGUGACCAUGCCCUCUCACUACCGCUGCCUGUGUAUCAGCCACCUCAUUGGAUGGACUGCCUUCUUGUCCAACAUGCUCUUCUUCACGGACUUCAUGGGCCAGAUUGUGUACGGUGGCAAUCCCUACAGUGCACACAACUCCACAGAGUUUCAAAUCUACCAAAGAGGCGUGGAGGCUGGGUGUUGGGGCUUAUGCAUCAAUGCUGUGUUCUCUUCCAUCUAUUCUUACCUUCAGAAGUUGCUGCUUGCCUACAUGGGACUGAAGGGGCUCUACUUCAUGGGGUAUCUGCUGUUUGGUCUGGGCACGGGCUUCAUCGGGCUCUUCCCAAACGUCUACUCCACCCUGGUCCUGUGUAUGAUGUUCGGCGUCAUGUCCAGCACCCUGUACACCGUGCCUUUCAAUCUCAUCGCCGAGUAUCACCGUGAGGAAGAGGAGGAGAUGGAGAAGGAGAAGCAGCAGACCACAAGCAAGGACCCAGCCAGCCAGGGGCGAGGAAAGGGUGUGGACUGCGCCACCCUCACAUGCAUGGUGCAGCUGGCUCAGAUCCUGGUGGGAAGCGGCCUGGGCUUUCUGGUCAACACAGCUGGGAGUGUUGUGGUCGUGGUGAUCACGGCUUCAGCGGUGGCUCUGAUUGGCUGCUGUUUUGUGGCUCUCUUUGUGAGAUACGUGGAUUGA